UAGGCAAUUGGCGGUGGUCUGUCUCUCUGUCAUUUCUGCAAAAACAAGUGACAAAACUUUAUUGACAUUUCACACGGAUCUAAUAGUAAGAUUACAUUUUAUUUUAUUUUUGUGUCUUCUCUUUUUCUAAGUUUUCUGUUCUUGAUUUCAGCCGUUGUGCUUUUGCCAUCGAAAUCUGAAGCGAUUACGCCCUCAAUCGUUGAUCCUAAGAUAGUUAGUUUCCAGCGAAUUUUGAUCUCUCUCUUUUUGAGAUAUUCCUCUCAUCGUAUUCUAAUGAGUUACCGGGUCCCCAUCCUCCUCCUCCUCUGUGCGAUAGCUGGGUCAUGCUUACCUUCCGCCUUCGCUUCCUCCGCUGACGUUUGCGAUCAUCAUGAUGAAUUCGAGGUCUUCCGAUGCGGAAUCGAGAAUAAAUGUCAUCACUCUCUACUACCCAGACCUCCUUUAGAGGUGGAUGGAGACUUGCUAGACAGCCUCAUGGAUUCAAACCUUGGAAAUGCUUUUACUUCCAUACUGUUUUAUACCUCACGGUGCCAGUUUUCGCGUGCUGUUCGCCCCAAGUUUGAUGUUCUGAGCUCAAUGUUCCCCCUCAUAAGGCACCUGGUUGUUGAGCAAUCACAGGCUUUACCGUCUGUCUUUUCUAGGUAUGGCAUCCAUAGCUUGCCUUCAAUCCUGAUGGUGAAUCAAACAUUCAGGAUCCGAUACCAUGGACAGAAGGAUCUUGCAUCCCUUAUUCAGUUUUACCAACAUACAACAGGUCUUAAACCUGUCCAGUAUGUGGAUGAAGGUGAACCAACAAGCUUGGACAUCGAUGGUAACCUCAUCACAUGGCUACACAACGGGUCAUCUAUCAAGGAAAUAGCUGAAAGAGAUCCAUAUUUGGUACUUUCACUGGUGUUUCUGUCUUUGAAACUGGCAAUUUUGAUAUCCCCUAUCAUGGGAGCGCGCUUGAAAGCGUUGUGGGCAUCUUAUGCUCCGCAUCUGAGCUUGGGAAUACUCGGUGAGACUAGCCAACUGUUUGGCCGUGCCAUGCACAUGAUCGAUGUGAGGAGGCUUUGGAUUAAACUGAGACUAGCGAAAACCAGGAACUUCCAAGAGAGAGCAAAGAACGCACUUGCAUCGGUCUCGCUAGGAAAAUCUACUUCACAAUCAGGGUGAUUCCGAGAUCCUUCAUCAUCGCUGAGCUUAGUUAGGUUACUUUACUUUUGGUCGACAUGUGUUAACUUUGGAGUUCCUGUCUCUGUAUGUAAAUCAUAUUUUUGCUUAUUUGUGAAUAUUUUCGUUCGUUUCUUGAAUAUUCUUGUCUCUGUCCUUUUUUGUUUUGCUUGUAUUGAUUGAUCAACGGUUUGGUUUAA